UAGCCUCAAAAGUCUCAAAAAUGCGAAAAUUUUGAAUAUUUCUCACGGAAUCGCUUCUGUUUUGAUUAUUUUUGAAACGUCAGUUAAACGUCAAAACUGUCAAACUUCGUCGUCGCUCAUCAAAAAUCCAAAAAUUUACUUUUUUUAUUGAAAUUCUUGAAAAAUACGCAAAAAUGGCAAGCACAUCGUCGUCAGAAAUGGCAAAGAAGACGUGGGAAUUGGAGAAUAAUGUCGAAACGGUGCCCGCGAGCGAUGAAGUUUACGUUUACAGUGCCGAAAAGAUGCAACAAACAUUAGCUGCUCGGCCAUGGGAAAAGGAUCCACAUUACUUCAAAGACAUCAGAAUUUCCGCUUUGGCUCUCCUGAAAAUGGUAAUGCACGCAAAAUCGGGCGGCACAUUGGAAGUUAUGGGCUUACUCCUCGGCAAAGUUGAGGAUAACACGAUGAUUGUCAUGGAUGCGUUCGCAUUGCCGGUCGAGGGCACGGAAACGCGUGUAAAUGCUCAAGCACAAGCCUACGAAUACAUGACGGCGUAUAUCGAGUCGGCGAAGGAAGUUGGGCGACUGGAAAAUGCCAUUGGAUGGUAUCAUUCGCAUCCCGGGUACGGAUGUUGGUUGUCGGGCAUCGAUGUUUCCACACAAAUGUUGAAUCAGAAUUUCCAAGAUCCCUUUGUGGCGAUUGUCGUUGAUCCGGUACGGACUGUGAGUUCGGGCAAAGUUUGUCUCGGGGCUUUUCGCACGUAUCCAAAGGGAUAUAAGCCGCCAAAUGAGGAGCCGUCGGAGUAUCAGACAAUUCCGCUGAACAAAAUUGAGGAUUUUGGCGUGCAUUGCAAACAAUACUACCAAUUGGAGGUUUCGUACUUUAAGUCGGCGUUAGAUCGUAAGUUGUUGGAUUCGUUAUGGAACAAAUAUUGGGUCAAUACGCUCGGAAGUUCGGGAUUGCUCAUGAACACGGAAUAUACGACAGGGCAGAUUUUCGAUUUGUCUGAGAAAUUGGAACAGAGCGAAACGAGUUUAGCUCGCGGGAAUUUCAUAACAUCAGAUGGUGACAAGAAAACCGAAGACAAACUGUCAAAAGCAACUCGUGACUGCAGCAAAGCCUCAAUCGAGCUAAUUCACGGCUUAAUGGCUCAAAUUACCAAGGAUAAACUUUUCAACACUGUCGGCUCCAACAAAAAAUAGUUCCGUUCCUCGUUUCAAAACGAAAAAAAAUGCGAUCUUAUAACAUUUAUCAUUAUAAUUAAUUAACUAAAAAAAAAUUCUUACAAAGAAAUCA